AUGAGUCGUCCUUUACUUCCUAAGCAUGUUUCUGCUGUUGUAAUGUGUCAAAAGGAUCCUUUCAAAGCACUGGAGAUGUUUAAUUCGGUGAAGAAGGAAGAUGGGUUUAAGCACACAUUGUCAACUUACAAGUGUAUGAUUGAGAAAUUUGGGUUUCAUGGGGAGUUUGAAGCCAUGGAGCAUGUGCUUGCUGAGAUGAGGAUGAAUAUUGAUAACAGGUUACUAGAAGGAGUGUACAUUGGAGCCAUGAGGCAUUAUGGAAGGAAAGGAAAGAUUGAAGAAGCUGUGAAUGUGUUUCACCGGAUGGACUUUUAUAAUUGUGAGCCGUCUGUUCAGUCGUAUAAUGCAAUCAUGAAUAUACUGGUUGAGUAUGGGUAUUUCAAUCAAUCCCAUAAGGUGUAUAUGAACAUGAUAGGUAACGGGAUUAUUCCAGAUGUGUAUACUUAUACAAUACGAAUAAAGUGUUUCUGUAGGACUAGUCGACCUCAAGCUGCAUUGAGGCUUCUUAAUAACAUGCCUUCGCAGGGCUGUGAGUUCAACGCUGUUGCAUAUUGUACAGUCAUCAGUGGGUUUUAUGAAGGAAACUACCAAAUUGAGGCAUGUGAAUUGUUUGAAGUCAUGCUUGGGAAAGGUAUGUGCCCUGAUGUUACCACAUUCAAUAAGCUUAUACACACCCUGUCCAAGAAGGGGGAUGUCCAAGAAACCGAAAAGCUUCUCAACAAGGUUAUGAAGAGGGGAGUGUCUCCAAAUUUGUUUACACUUAAUAUUUUCAUUCAAGGGCUGUGCAAAAGAGGAUCUCUUAAUGGGGCUGUCAGAAUGUUAGAUGGUUUUAUGAAGGAAGGUCUAACUCCAGAUGUUGUCACCUAUAAUACAUUGAUCUUUGGCUUGUGUAAAAACUUUAAGGUUGAGGAAGCGGAGUCCUAUAUGCGUAAAAUGGUGAACAAUGGAUUUCAGCCAGAUACCUUUACCUACAACAGUAUAAUUGAUGGAUAUUGCAAAUUGGGCAUGAUACAGAAAGCAGAUAAGAUUCUCAGUGACGCCAUUUUCAAGGGGUUUGUACCUGAUGACUUCACAUAUUGCUCUUUAAUAAAGGGGGUUUUCCAGGAUGGCGACGCAGACCGUGCCAUAGCUGUGUUUAAGGAGGCAAUGGGCAAGGGUUUAAAGCUUAAUAUUGGUCUAUUUAACACAUUGGUAAAAGGGUUGUCAGAGAAUGGGCUUAUCUUGCAAGCCUUACAACUGAUGAAUGAGAUGUUGGAAAAGGGUUGCAGUCCCAAUAUCUGGACUUACAACUUAGUUAUAAAUGGGUUGUGCAAGAUGGGUUAUGUGUCUGAUGCCAGUAGACUUGUUGAUGAUGCUAUUGCCAAAGGUUACCUUCCUGACAUAUUUACGUUUAAUACACUAAUUGAUGGUUACUGUAAACAGUUGAAUCUGAAUAAUGCGAUUGAGAUAAUAAAUAGCAUGUGGAGUCAUGGUGUUACUCCUGAUGUGAUCACAUAUAAUACUGUGUUAAAUGGUCUCUGCAAGUCUGCAAAAUACGAGGAUGUGAUGUGCACUUUUCAAGCGAUGAUGGAGAAAGGGUGUAUUCCUAACAUCAUUACGUAUAACAUAGUUGUAGAAAGCCUUUGCAAAGCUCGGAAAGUAAAUGAGGCCUUGGACAUGCUACAGGAAAUAAGGAACAAGGGCUUGACUCCAGAUAUUGUUUGUUUUGGCACAUUGAUCAGUGGUUUGUGCAGCAAUGGGGAUUUGGAUGGAGCGUACCAUCUAUUUCGAAGAAUGAAACAGGAAUAUGAUAUAUCACCUACAACUGCAACAUACAAUAUCAUGAUCAAUGCUUUAUGUGGAAAGCUAGAAAUGAGUACCGCAGAAAAGCUAUUUUGUGAGAUGUGUGACGGCGACAGUAACAGUGUGCCAGACUGUUUCACGUAUCGUGUCAUGAUUGAUGGUUUCUGCAAAGCAGGAAACACUGAUUUAGGGUACAAUUUUCUCCUGAAAACGAUUGAGAAGGGGUUCAUUCCAGCAUUGGUGACAUUUGGAAGAGUGCUGAAUUGUCUUUGCAUGAAGCAUAGAGUUCACGAAGCUGUUGGUAUCAUCCACCUGAUGGUGCGCAAAGGCAUUGUUCCUGAGGUGGUCAAUUCUAUAUUUGAAGUUGAUAAGAAGGAAAUAGCAGCACCUAAGAUUCUUGUAGAAGAUUUAUUGAAGAAGGGUCAUGUGACUUAUUCUGCUUACGAGCUUCUAUAUGAGGGAAUUAGAGAUAAAAAGUUGGUCAAGAAAACAAAAAAAGGUUCCCCACCACUUGCUGCAACUUCACAACAAACUUUGUGA